CCCGUUUGUUAAAGCAGUAGGGAGUUUCUGAUAGGGUCUGUAUUGGAGUUACACAGACCGGACCCUACCGUGCAUGACUGGUGCUUCAGGACAAAAAAACAGGAUUCCCCUUGCCUCAAAGAGUCUACAUGUCUAAUAUUUAGACAUGUUCAGCUUUGUGGAUAUUCGGUUAGGGCUGUUGCUCGCCGCAACAGUACUUUUGGUGAACGCACAGGGAGAGGAGGACGAGAGCACCUACGGCAGCUGUACGUUGGACGGCCAGUUGUACAACGACAAAGAUGUUUGGAAACCCGAGCCUUGCCAGAUCUGCGUCUGCGACAGCGGAAGCGUCAUGUGCGACGAGGUGAUUUGCGAGGAUACAUCCGACUGCGCCAACCCAGAAAUCCCCGACGGUGAAUGCUGCCCCAUCUGCCCCGAAGGUACAGCUGUUCCCCCUCAUGUCGACCUCAGCAUCAUAUUCCCCACCUCCCCACCUCCACCCCCUAAAGGUGACACUGGUCUUCCAGGGUCUCCUGGUAACGAUGGCAUUCCCGGUCAGCCCGGUCUUCCCGGUCCCCCCGGGCCUCCUGGACCCCCUGGCUUCGCUGGAGACUUCAGAACAGCUUCCCAGAUGUCCUAUGGUGGUGACAAGUCCAGCGGCCCAGCUCAACCUGGUCCAAUGGGCCCCAUGGGUUCUCGUGGUCCCCCUGGACCUGCCGGAUCUAGCGGCCCUCAGGGUUUCACUGGACCCCCUGGUGAGCCCGGUGAGCCAGGUUCACCUGGUCCCAUGGGUCCUCGUGGUGCAGUUGGUCCUCAUGGAAAGAACGGAGAUGAUGGUGAGGCUGGCAAAGCUGGUCGCCCCGGUGAGCGUGGUCCCUCUGGUCCUCAGGGUGCUCGUGGAUUCCCAGGAACCCCCGGUCUUCCUGGCAUCAAGGGACACAGAGGAUUCCCCGGUCUUGAUGGUGCCAAGGGAGACGGUGGAGUUGCUGGACCUAAGGGAGAGGCCGGUUCCGCUGGAGACAAUGGAAUUGCUGGUGCCAUGGGACCCCGUGGUAUGCCCGGCGAGAGAGGUCGCCCCGGACCCCCUGGCCCUGCUGGUGCUCGUGGUAACGAUGGUGCUGGUGGUUCUGCUGGACCCCCUGGACCUACUGGCUCUGCUGGACCCCCAGGAUUCCCUGGAUCUGCUGGAGCUAAGGGAGAGACUGGCCCUGGAGGCAACCGUGGUUCCGAGGGACCCGCUGGAUCCCGCGGAGAGCCCGGUAACCCCGGACCUGCUGGUUCUGCCGGUGCUGCUGGUAACCCUGGAUCUGAUGGUUCUGCUGGUGGCAAGGGUGCCACUGGUUCUCCUGGUAUUGCUGGUGCUCCUGGCUUCCCUGGACCUCGUGGACCCGCUGGUGCAGUGGGAGCAGGAGGCGCCCCCGGCCCCAAGGGUAACAACGGAGAUCUCGGUGCCCCUGGAUCUAAAGGAGAGCCCGGUCCCAAGGGAGAGCCUGGCCCAGUUGGAGGUCAGGGACUUGCCGGUCCCGCUGGUGAGGAGGGAAAGAGAGGCGCUCGCGGUGAGCCCGGUGGUGCCGGUCCCGUUGGACCCCCAGGAGGCCGUGGUGGCCCUGGAGCUCGUGGAUUCCCUGGUGCUGAUGGAUCUGGAGGCCCUAAGGGAGGACCUGGUGAGCGUGGUGCCAAUGGCGCCAUGGGUGCCAAGGGUGCAACUGGUGAGGGCGGACGUCCUGGAGAGCCUGGUAUGCCUGGAUCCAAGGGUAUGACUGGUAGCCCCGGUUCUCCUGGACCUGAUGGCAAAGCUGGCUUUUCUGGUGCCUCUGGACAAGAUGGUCGCCCCGGACCCCCUGGCCCCUCAGGAUCCAGAGGUCAGCCUGGUGUGAUGGGAUUCCCCGGACCCAAGGGACCUGGUGGUGAGUCUGGCAAAGGUGGUGAGAAGGGACCCGCAGGAGCGGUCGGUGCUGUUGGUGCCCCCGGUAAAGAUGGUGAUGUUGGAGGACCUGGAGUACCUGGACCUGCUGGACCUACUGGAGAUAAGGGAGAGGGCGGUCCCUCUGGCCCACCUGGAUUCCAGGGUCUGCCUGGACCUCAGGGAGCUACUGGAGAGUCUGGCAAGUCUGGUGAGCAGGGUAUGCCUGGUGAGGCUGGUCCCUCUGGACCUUCUGGAGCAAGAGGAGACAGAGGCUUCCCUGGAGAGCGUGGUGCCAAUGGCGCUGCUGGACCUAUGGGAGCUCGUGGUUCCCCUGGUGCCGCUGGUAACGAUGGUGCUAAGGGUGAGGCUGGUGCUGGUGGCGCCCCCGGUGGCCAGGGACCCCCUGGCAUGCAGGGAAUGCCCGGAGAGCGUGGUACUGGUGGUAUGCCCGGACUCAGGGGAGAGAGGGGAGAGGGUGGAGUCAAGGGACCCGAAGGUGCCGCAGGCAAAGAUGGCUCCCGCGGUAUGACUGGUCCCCUCGGACCUCCUGGCCCCGGUGGUGCCCCUGGAGAGAAGGGCGAGGGCGGACCUGUCGGACCCAAUGGACCUGCUGGUGGUCGUGGUUCCCCUGGUGAGCGUGGUGAGGGUGGUGCCCCUGGACCUGCUGGAUUCGCUGGAGCCCCAGGCGCUGAUGGUCAGCCGGGUGCUAAGGGAGACAAGGGAGACACAGGAGCCAAGGGAGAUGGUGGUGCCCCUGGACCCGCCGGAGUUGUUGGAGCUGCUGGACCUCAGGGACCUGCUGGUGCUACAGGAGCCAAGGGAGCUCGUGGUGGUGCUGGUCCUCCUGGUGCUACUGGAUUCCCUGGCGGUGCUGGCAGAGUUGGACCUCCCGGCCCGCUGUAAGGUGUUUCUGGACCUCCUGGCCCCAACGGACCUUCAGGAAAGGAGGGACAGAGAGGCGCUCGUGGUGAGAAGGGAGCCGCUGGCCGUCCAGGAGAGGUUGGCCCAGCUGGAGUCCCCGGACCUAGUGGAGAGAAGGGUUCCCCUGGUAGCGAUGGACCUGCUGGCCCUCUGGGAUCUUCUGGACCUCAGGGUAUUAACGGAGGACGUGGUAUCGUUGGUAUGCCCGGACAGCGUGGAGAGAGAGGAUUCCCAGGCCUGCCUGGACCCGGAGGUGAGCCUGGCAAGCAGGGACCCGCUGGACUCUUUGGCGAGAGAGGAGCCCCAGGACCUAUGGGCCCCUCUGGACUGACUGGUCCUCCUGGUGAAGCCGGCCGUGACGGAUCUGUUGGUAACGAUGGUGCCAGUGGUCGUGAUGGACCUGGAGGCCCCAAGGGAGACCGUGGUGAGACUGGUAAUGCUGGCGCCCCCGGCGCUCCUGGUACCCAUGGACCCCCUGGCCCCCUCGGACCUUCUGGCAAGACUGGCGAUCGCGGAGAGGCUGGUCCCGCUGGUAAUGUUGGUCCUUCUGGUCCCGCUGGUGCCCGUGGUGCUCUUGGCCCUGCUGGUGGCAGAGGAGACAAGGGAGAGGCUGGAGAGGCUGGAGAUAGAGGCCACAAGGGACACAGAGGAUUCAGUGGAAUGUCUGGCCUGCCUGGACCUCCUGGUUCUUCUGGAGAACAAGGACCUGGCGGAGCUACCGGACCUGCUGGACCCAGAGGACCUUCUGGAUCCAAUGGAACACCAGGAAAGGAUGGCAUGAACGGUAUUCCCGGACCCGUUGGACCCCCUGGACCUCGUGGUCGUAAUGGAGAGAUGGGAGCUGCUGGUGCUCCCGGCACACCCGGACCCCCAGGCCCCCCUGGACCUCCCGGUUCCGGCAUGGACUUCUUCCCUCAGCCCCAGCAGGAGAAGGGCCCAGACCCCAUGCGCAGCUACAGAGCCGACGACGCUGGCGCGAUCCGCGACCGUGACCAGGAUGUGGACACCACCCUCAAGACCCUGAGCCAGAAGAUCGAGAACAUCCGCAGCCCCGAGGGAACUCAGAAGAGCCCCGCCCGCAUGUGCCGCGACCUCAGAAUGUGCCACCCCGAGUGGAAGAGCGGAUUCUACUACGUCGACCCCAACCAGGGCUCUCCUCUUGAUGCCGUCAAGGUCUUCUGUAACAUGGAGAGUGGCCAGACCUGCAUCUACCCAUCCCAGGCCAGCAUUCCUCAGAAGAACUGGUACACAAGCAAGAACAAGGACAAGAAGCACGUCUGGUUCAGCGAGUCCAUGCCCGAGGGCUUCCAGUUCCAGUAUGGCAGCGAUGGCUCCGAUCCUGAGGAUGUCAACAUCCAGCUGACCUUCAUGCGUCUGAUGUCCAACGAGGCGUCCCAGAACCUCACCUACCACUGCAAGAACAGCAUUGCCUACAUGGACCAGGCCUCUGGCAACCUGAAGAAGGCCCUCCUGCUGCAGGGAUCCAACGACAUCGAGAUCAGAGCCGAGGGCAACAGCCGUUUCACCUACAGCGUCAGCGAGGAUGGCUGCACGUCACACACUGGCACAUGGGGCAAGACAGUCAUUGACUACAGAACAACGAAAACAUCUCGCCUGCCUAUUAUUGACAUCGCUCCUAUGGACGUUGGUGCUCCAGAUCAGGAAUUCGGUGUGGAAGUUGGCCCAGUGUGCUUCUUGUAAAAAGAGAAAUCUGGACAUGAAAAAAUUGUUUUUUUUUAGCAGUCAUCUCUAAAUCUUCCUCUAUGCAUUAAAAAAAAAUCGGUCCACCUGCUUCACACUACAUUCCCGAAGACAGUGUUUCAACCUUGAAAAAAAACGUUCUGCUUUUUUUUGGGCUUUUUGGUUUUGGAUUUUUUUCGAGGACCACUACAACAUCCAGCACCGACACCAAGGACACUCAGAACUUUUUGUUUUGUUUCAGCUGACAACAAGAAAAUAAUAUAUACUUGUGUAAAGUGUACCCCGCCCCUCUGGAGCUCCAAAAGAGUGAAGAAGAAAAAACCAACAAACAACGAAAUGAAAUACUGGUGACUUUUUUUUACCACUGCGGAAGGACAAUGAAAAACAAGCAAAUGCUUUGUACCAUUUUCUGGUGAUAAAUAAAUUUCAAAAAAACGACA